UUUUACUUCCUCUGACAGUUAGGCCUCUCUGCGUCUCUUCUUUUGUGAUCUGAGACAUACAGAGAUGGCGGGUACAAGAAUCACGAACCUGCAGAGUACCGUGAAACCACCAGUGAUUCAGGCUCCACAGCGCAGCACAGCGACACAGGGAGCCGUGCAGAUGCGCAUUAAAAACUCUCCGAGCUCCGGAGAACGUCUGAGUCAGUCCAAGUCGAUGGUGCUGCAGGAGACCGACCUCCCUCAGAAACCUAUCUCUCGACACCGCAGGAAUCAGUCUCAGCACAAUGUUGUGGUAGCAGGAGCUGCAACAUUUGAACCUCUGGUGGAUUUGAAAGGUGAAAUCAUGAAUAUGGCUAAAAUUUCAGACAGUGGUAAGAAGCAGAGGAAGAACUGGUCUUCAGUGUGGACUGUGCUCACCUCAGACCAGUUAAUGUUUUAUAAAGACAAACAGGAAACUGGACUGAAACCAGGAGGUAAGGCAGAUGUGCUUCAGCUGUGUGGAGCAGUCAUUGAGUGGAAUACUGAGAAAUCAAGCAGGAAAAAUGUCUUCCAGAUUAAAACAAGCACAGGAAGUGAGUACCUUGUCCAGACUGACAGUUACUCCACUGCCAGCAAAUGGUACGACGCCAUCAAAAAGACUGUCGACUCUUCAACUAAAGAAGGUUUUCCUCUGCGGAGAUCAAACAGUACAGACUACCUGCCCAGACACAGCUCCCUACCUGGAUAUGGCUCCGCUUCUCCUGGUGUCAAACAACGUAACCCGAUACACCGACGAUCUAUCAACAUGUUUGGCAGCUCAAAGCUGAAGCACAGCGCCUCAGAUAGCGCAGACAAGAAUGGAGUGAAAAACAGGCUGAAGAAAUUCAUCAUCAGACGUCCAUCCAUGAAGACUCUACAGGAGAAAGGCCUGAUAAAAGAUCGAGUGUUUGGCUGCCAUCUGUCGAGUCUCUGUGAGCGUGAAGGGACCACAGUACCAAAGUUUGUUCGGAUCUGUGUGGAUGCCGUUGAGAAACGAGAGGAGGACCUGGACCUGGAACACAGUCAGUGGGAGGAUGUCCACGUCGUCACCGGAGCCCUCAAAAUGUUUUUCCGUGAACUGCCGGAGCCACUGUUUCCAUUUAGGUUUUUCCAGCCUUUUGUGGAGGCCAUCAAGAUCAAAGAACCCAAACAAAAAGUUCAGGCUGUGAAGAAACUGAUACAGCAGCUGCCCAAACCCAACCAUGACACCAUGAAGCUUCUCUUCAGCCACCUGCACAAAGUUCUGGCCUUUUCCAGGAAGAACCUGAUGUCCACUCAGGGCAUCGGAAUCGUGUUCGGUCCAACGCUGAUGUGGCCUGAACUGGAUGCCGGAAACAUGGCGGUCAACAUGGUGUAUCAGAAUCAGAUUGUGGAGUUCAUUCUCACUGAAAGCCAAGAAAUCUUCAACUUGGACAGGAAGUAAAAGGUGCUGAGCAGGACCAAAUCAGCUGAUGGACUCACGUUUACAGAUAUUAGAAGCCAUGUCUGGUUUGGGCCGGGAUGUAAAAACUGGAAUAUUCAGAAGAUAUUUUGUCAGAGUUUAUAUUGUAUUAGCACAAACAAAUCUAUAAUUAAAUGUUUUGACUGUUUUACCUCUGCCACAAUCGGUUUUGUUUUCAAAUACAAAAAUAUACAGUACUCCAAUAAAUAAUUCUAAUGAUUUUCUGUAUAUUUGUAACGUACCACUGAAUAUGUAAAACAUAUCCUAGUGUCAUUAUAAAAUUCCGCUGCAUUAUCACAAAAUUAGCCUGCAGAGCAAACAUGUUUUUAUUUAUAAAA